ACCUUUUCAGUCUACUCACCUGCUUCACUCCAACUGAAAUAAUAAAUAUGAGCAGGUGAACGAAAAUGGAUCCCAAAUUGAAUUUAUAGCCCUCUGAACGUGAAAGAAGACCGUGGCCCGAAUCUUGUGACAGACGUAAUACUCGACACCUCUUCGAGCGGUGUAUCUUCCUGCUAUUAUUUGUGCUAUCUUCUGUUCAACAUUCAAUGAGAAUUCCACUCCUUUCAUGGCUUUUCUUCAUGCCCGUAUUCUUACUUUCUAUCAGCUUUUAUGUUCCUAUGGUUUGCGGAAAAUGUCUUACCAAUCAGAAAGCCUUGUUGCUCCAAUUGAAGAAUAGCCUCGUUUUUCACAAUGCUUCAUCUACAAAACUGGUGCACUGGAACAAAAGCAUCGAUUGUUGCUUAUGGGAAGGCGUGACCUGCAACAAGGGACGUGUUAUUGGUCUUGACCUCAGCAAUGACUAUCUCAUGUUCACUUGACAAUUCAAGCAGCCUGUUCAAGCUUCAAUAUCUUCAGAAUCUGAAUUUAGCAUACAACUACUUCAACGAUUCUGAGAUUCCUUCAGAAUUUAAUAAGUUGUCGAAUUUGGUUUAUUUAAACCUUUCAAAUGCAGGCUUUCAAGGACAAAUUCCAAUUACAAUUUCGCAUUUAAAAGGAUUGGUUAUUCUCGAUUUAAGUGAUUUGGGCUUGAAGCUUGAGAAUCCAAAUCUAAAUAUGCUUGUUCAAAACCUUUCGAAGCUUACGGAACUUUAUCUCGAUGGUGUGGAUAUAUCAAUGCAAGGGCAUGAGUGGGGCCCAACAUUAUCAUUUUCACUACCAAAUCUAAGAGUGUUAAGCUUGUCAAAUUGCGAUCUGUCGGGGCCUUUUGAUCCGUCCUUGGUGAAUCUCAAAUCCCUCUCAGUUAUUCGUAUGAGUGGUAACAACUUCUCUGCUCCGAUUCCUGGCUUUUUGGCAGAAUUCAGAAAUUUGACAACCUUGAUCUUCAGUGGCUCUUCAUUGAAUGGAAAAUUUCCAGAAAAGAUCUUUCAAAUUCCAACAUUGCAAAUGGUUGACCUGUCAAAAAAUGAUCAACUUGAAGGUUUCUUGCCAGAAUUUCCGUCGAAUGGAUCUCUUCAAACCCUAUUCCUUAGUGAAACAAAUUUUUCAGGGUCAUUGCCAUAUUCUAUUGGGAAUCUCAAACUAUUGUUUGAAGUCUAUCUUUCUUAUUGUAAUUUCAGUGGAGAAAUUCCGAAGUCAAUGGCAAAUCUCACCGAAUUGUUUCAUUGGACAUGUCAUGGAACAGAUUCAAUGGAUCAAUUCCAUCAUUAAGCAUGAGCAAGAAUCUGAAAACAAUAGACCUUCACAACAAUGAUUUAACAGGUCAAAUUUCUUCCACUCGAUGGGUAGAUCUUUUGAAUUUGGAGGUUCUUGAUUUGAGUUCCAAUUCACUAGAAGGGAGUAUUCCAGUUUCUCUUUUUUCCCUUCCAUCAUUGCAAGAAUUAUACCUUCAAAACAAUCGAUUUUCUGGCCAACUUGAUGAAUUUUCAACUGCUCCUUCUUACUUAUUGAAUUCUCUUGAUUUAAGUCACAACAACUUGGAAGGGCAAAUUCCCAUGUCUCUGUUUAAACUAACUUCUCUUAGGGCACUUGAUCUUUCUUCAAAUAACUUCAAUGGCUCCUGGCAGUUUAGUGCAACUCAGAAAUUAAAGGAUCUUAACUAUCUCGAUCUUUCAUACAAUGAUCUCUCAAUUGAAUAUAGUGGAAUUAAUUCUUCAAUAUUCUCUUCUCCCCAAAUUUCAACUUUGAAAUUGGCUUCUAACAAGUUGAAAAGAUUCCCAGAUUUCUUGCGAAACCAAUCUGCCUUAUAUGUUCUAGACCUUUCAAACAGCCAGAUUCAUGGAGAAAUACCACACUGGAUUUGGGAAUCUAUUUCGCUCAUGAUCUUAAACCUCUCCAACAACCACUUGGUCAUGAAUCUAGAAAGACCUUUUCUUUCUAUAAUCAGAGUGGUGGAUCUAAGCUCCAACGAACUCCAAGGGCAACUCCCAAGUCUCCCAUGGUCUGCUGACUACUUGGAUUUAUCAAAGAAUAAUUUCCACUCGAGCAUACCAACUAGCAUCAUUGACUCCAUGACUAAUACGCAUUUCCUUUCUCUUUCGAGCAAUAAAUUUUAUGGGAGUAUCCCCGAAUCAAUUUGCAAUGCUACAAGUCUUAGUGUCCUGGAUUUAUCUAACAAUUUCUUGAGCGGCAUGGUCCCCCGUUGCUUACUUGAAAUGAGUAAGACUAGAGAGCAGUUUGAGCCAAUUCUAGCGGUGCUAAAUCUAAGGAAAAACUACCUCACUGGUAAAAUUCCUGAUACGUUUCGAAGUAAUUGUGGUUUGCAAACUUUAGAUCUUGGUGAAAACCAAUUAGAAAGAAAAUUGCCAAAGUCUUUGGCCAAGUGCACAAAUUUGGAGUUCCUAGACAUCGGGAAUAACAACAUUGAGGAUACUUUCCCAUGUUACUUGACGAAGAUAUCUAUGUUGCGUGUCCUUGUUUUGCGAUCAAACAAGUUUGAUGGACCUAUUGAUUGCAUGGAGUCCAAUGCCACUUGGCCAAUGCUUCAAAUUUUAAAUUUAGCUUCAAAUAAUUUCAGUGGUAAGCUGACAGAAAAGUCGUUUGGCAUCUUAAAGGCACUGAUGGCCAAUAAAGAUGAAGUGGAGUUGGAGCAUAUUCAUAGAAAUUUUCAGUUUCCCAGAGCGUAUGGUUUUAAUUAUCAAGAUAAGCUGACAAUUAUUGUCAAAGGUCUAUCUCUGAAUCUGGUGAAGAUACUAACUCUUUUCACCAUCCUUGACCUUUCAUGCAACAACUUUGAUGGGCCUCUCCCUAAAGAAAUUGGAAAUUUCAAAUCACUAUAUGUCCUCAACUUGUCUCAUAAUGGUUUCACAGGAAAUAUUCCACAAUCUUUGGGAAAAUUAAGUUAUCUUGAGUCACUAGACUUGUCAAGCAAUAAGCUUACUGGUGAGAUUCCUGUCCAACUCGCAGAUGGUCUAAUUUUUCUAUCAGUCCUCAAUCUUUCGUUCAAUCAAUUGUCGGGAAAAAUUCCACAAAUCAAGCAAUUUGCUACAUUCCCAAUAUCUUCCUACAAGGGGAACAUAGGAUUAUGUGGCUUUCCUUUGGAAGAACAUUGCAAAGGUGAAGGGCCGGGAUUGUCGCCUCCAACAUUUGUAGAAUCUGACUCGAAUUCUGGGAUUGGAAUUGAUUGGAACUUUAUAAGUGUUGAAUUGGGAUUUGUUUUUGGUUUUGGGAUUUCUGUUGGGCCUCUUAUGUUUUGGAAAAGGUGGAGGAUGUGCUACUACAAACAUGCUGAUGACAUAUUUUUUAAGAUCUUCCCUCGGCUAUAUAUUACAUUAGAAAACCGUCGAAGACAAGCAUACAUGAACCAUAGGCGACGAGCUCGCAGAAAUCAAGGAAGGAGCCAUGAGUGAUAGCUUGAUAGACAUGUGCCAUGAGGAGUAAUGUUAUCAGAUUUGCAGGUGAUUUAUGGAAGGUCAUGAACCGGAUUUGGAAGCAAACUGACUAAUGUUGUCGGCGUCGCUAUUAUAUUUUGGCACUCGACUUUUUAAAGUAAGAUUGGCAAUAAAUGGAUGUACUUUUAUAUAUAUAUAUAUAUAUAGCUAGCUUUAAGUUUUACUGGACUUCCAAGCAUAAAUCUAUAGACUCAAUAAACAUAAGGUAUAUGCAAUAGAUGUACUGAGGGAUAUGAAAUGUAAUACCAAUUUGAGCUGUAAUGGCUUGUAAUGGCUUUUCAUGGAGUGGAUUAUUUAAAAAUAUAAAUAGUAUUAGAUUUGCAAAUAGUUGAUGAAAAAAGUGGUGUAAUGGC